AUGGCUACUAUGCUGCAAGCAAAUAAGCAAGACAUAGAUUCCCUUGGUGAUACUAUCGCUAGAAGUAUGACACAAAUUCUUUUGCCACGUUUUCCUCUUAAUACAACUCCACCUGGUUUUACUACUCCUCAUGGCAACAAUGGUGCGCUUGGUUCCACUGGUGGAAUUAACUUUACAGAUAAUAUUUCUCCUCUUCGAGCAGCACCCAUCAAUUUGAAGUUCCCUACAUUUGAUGGAAAAGAUCCAGCAAGAUGGAUUUUUCAAGCUGAUCAAUACUUCAAUCUACAUAAUGUUGCUGAAGCUUACAAAAUAUCAAUUGCUACUGCUCACUUUAAGGGAGAAGCCAAUGCUUGGUAUAGAUGGGUUCAAGGAAAGGUAACAGACGCUACUUGGUUGCACUUUUGUUCUCUUAUUUGUGAUCGUUUUGCAGAUAAAAAGUUUGUCAAUCCUCGUAUGGCUUUAUCCACAAUAUUUCAAAUUGGUUCAGUACGUGACCACAUUGCAGAAUUCGAACAAAUUUUGAAUUUUGUAACUGAUUUACCUGAAGAAUAUAUUAUUGAUCUUUUUAUUCGAUCCUUAAAAACUGAGAUUCGAUCUAUCCUUAAAUCAACAGGUGCACAACAGCGAAGAAAUACUAUUCCUCCUGGAGCUAAACGCUUAACGUUAGAAGAGCAACGUAUAAGAAGAGAUCAAGGUCUUUGUUUCAACUGUGAUCAGUUAUACAAACCAAGUCAUCUAUGUGAAAAACCUAAACUACUUAUUUUAGAGGGUGCCCCAGAAGACUCUGAAGAAGAUAUUGAACUCAUUAAUGAGACCCAGACAACUACCAUUAAUGAAACUGAGGUUUCUUCUCCAAAAGAACCUGCAACUACUAUUUCAUUACAUUCUCUAUUGGGUUCUCCUUUUCCCAACACAAUGCGAAUUCAAGGUCAUAUCAAAGGCCAAAUUAUUACAAUUCUCAUCGAUUCUGGAUCCACCCAUAAUUUCUUACAUCCCACAAUUGCUAAGAGAUGUGGCUUUAUUGAUCAAUCUACUUCUAUCCGAGUAAUGGUGGGUGAUGGUGGGUUUCUUGAGACUCAAGGAUCAUGUAAAAAUAUUCCAGUUAAGCUACAAGAUUAUAGUUUCUCUACGGAAUUUUUUCUCUUACCAGUAAGUGGUUGUGAUGCAGUUCUUGGGGUUCACUGGUUACGAUCUCUGGGGAAUAUCAGUUGGGAUUUUUCAAAGUUACAAAUGCGAUUCAACUCAGCUGAUCGCAAUUACCUUCUCAUUGGUGAUAACUCAACUUCCGUAGUGUUGCUUGACAAUAUCUCAAUGCAGAAACUAAUUCAUCAUGAACAUCAGGGUAUUCUUCUACAAUUGGUUCCUACUUCUGGUUCUUCCACAACUACUUCAAAGGUAUCUAUAGAAAUUUCAGAACUCUUAUCUAGUUUUUAUGAUAUUUUUUGCACUCCUACUUCUUUACCACCUUCAAGAUUGUAUGAUCAUCAUAUUCCUCUACUACCAAACAUUGCCCCUAUUAAUGUCAGACCUUAUCGAUACCCUCACUUUCAAAAGGAAGAAAUUGAGAAAAUUGUGCAAGAAUUACAAACAUCAGCGUUCAUUCGGCAUAGCUGUAGCCCAUAUUCUUCUCCAGCAUUAUUAGUACGCAAGAAAGAUGGCACUUGGUCUUUUAGGACUCAUGAUGUCCAUUAUGAGUUCCUAGUAAUGCCGUCUGGGUUAUCUAAUGCUCCUGCAACAUUUCAGAGCCUCAUGAAUGAUAUAUUUCGCCCUUAUCUUCGCAAGUUUGUUCUUGUAUUUUUUGACGAUAUUUUGAUAUACAACAAUUCUAUGUCUGAAUAUCUUCAACAUCUACAAAUUGUUUUUCAAUUACUCACGGAAAACAAGUUAUUCCUCAAAGAAUCUAAGUGUGAUUUUGCUAAGACAUCAAUUAGUUAUUUAGGGCACAUUGUUUCAGCAGAUGGAAUUGCAGUUGAACCUGAUAAAAUUUCAGCUAUCACAAAUUGGCUCAUUCCUUCUACAAUCAAAGAUCUCAGAGGAUUCUUAGGAUUAGCAGGAUAUUAUCGAAAAUUUGUGUGUGACUAUGGGAAGAUAAGUGCUGCACUGACCAAACUUUUGAAGAAAGAUUGCUUUACUUGGAGUGAUGAAGCUACAGAAGCUUUCAACAAGUUAAAACUGGCUUUAACCACUACUCCUGUCUUAGCAUUUCCAGAUUUCUCUAAAGAUUUUUAUUUGUAA